AUCAACUUAAAAAUUGAAAAAAAUUGUGACGAUGGAGGUAAACAUGUCAGACACAAUUCAAGCCAUCAAAACCAAGGUUUAUGCAAGAGAGGGAAUGCCCGCGAACAAUCAAGAGCUAUUUUUUGAAGGCAAUCACCUAAGUGACGCAUCGAAGACACUAGCUGACUACAACAUCUCCCAAAAUUCCAUGAUCAACCUUUUGUUUGGAGGCACUAUGCAAAUAUUUGUAAAGAUCCUUACAACUGGGAAAACUUUGAAGCUCGUAGUGAAGGACAAAGAUACCAUCCAAAAUGUGAAGGCUAGGAUUGAAGCUAUGGAGGGAAUUUCUCAGAAUCGUCAAGGACUCGUCUACAUGGGAAAAUCUCUUGAAGAUAACCAUUCAUUACUUGCUUGCAAUAUACAAAAUGGUUCAACCCUUCAGAUGAUUCUAUGUCUAGUGGAUAAGUUUGAUAUCUUGAUCCGCACAAUGAAUGGGUAUCUUAUAAAACUUGAAGCAAGAUCUUGGUAUACUAUCCGAGAUAUCAAGCUGAUAGUUGAGGGUAUGAAGGAUAUUGAUGCAACCAAACAAAGGCUUUUUUUGUGAUGUCACAGAGCUGGAGGACAGCCUCACGCUUUCCGAAUGCAGAAUAUUCUAUCGGACAAUUCUUCACUUGCAUGUUGAGAUUUAGAUGUUCGUAGAUAUUUCGAACGGGAAGAUUAUCACACUAACGAUUGAUAAUUAUGAUUUCAUUGAUCCGGACAUUUUGUCUGGUCUUUAGUAGGUAUUAUUAUCGUAUUUGGGAGUUUAAAGUUGUUAAAA